AUGUCAGAGCAUAGACUCCAGCAACAAAGCACGCCUAAGGUGAAGCCUCGGCUUAUCAUUCAUGGGGGGGCGGGUAGCAUACAUCGCAACACUUAUCCUCCAGAGAAGUUUCAGGCUUAUCGCAGAACCCUCGUGGACAUAGUCAUAAAGGCUGACCAGUAUAUGAGGAGUCAAGAUGAAGCCGCUUCAGAGAAGUCACCUAACAGGCUCCCUUCAGCCCUGGAAACCGCAACCUACGCAGUGCGUCUCUUGGAGGAUAACCCUCUAUUUAAUAGUGGUCGUGGCGCCGUCUUCACUCGUGACGGGUUCAACGAGCUUGAGGCUUCAGUGAUGGUAUCUCGCGGGUACAAGAAGCGAGGUGUAGGCGUCAUGGGUCUUCGUCACGUAAAGAAUCCCAUUCUGCUAGCUCGCGGGAUGCUUGAACACGGCGAAGACGAUCUUGAACCCCGGUCCCGAGAUGUCAACCCUGAUGGACUGGACGUCCCGUCUGCGCAAGGCCACUCGCAACUCUAUGGCAAAGCAGCAGAACAACUAGCGGAACAAUAUGGACUUGAGCUGGUAGACCAGCGUUACUUUUAUACUCAACACCGCUGGGAUGAGCAUAUCCGAGGUCUAGAGAAGGAGAAGAAAGGCGAGGGGCAGGCAACGUGGAGUGCGGAUGAGUAUAUCUCCCAGGGUACGUGUGGAGCAGUUGCUCUUGAUCAAGAUGGUGUUAUCUGCGCUGCGACGAGUACGGGAGGGCUUACGAAUAAGCUCACUGGACGUGUUGGCGAUACGCCUACGAUCGGGGCAGGUUUCUGGGCUGAGGAGUGGAUUGAAGAUGGUGAUCCGACAGGCUUGUCCGCGUGGGAUCGUCUGAAGGAUGCUGUAGGUCAGUCAGGUCCAUGUCUGAUGAUUAGCAAUGCCUUUAGAGGGAUCUUGGCGGAUUUCCUGCCUACUCCAAACGCGUACACACCAGUUGGUACAAGCAUAUACACGAUCAGGGCAUUUGGAGGAUCUGGCACUGGUAAUGGUGACUCGUUCCUCCGAACUAAUGCUCUUCGAACAGUCGCAGCUAUAGCAAGAUGGAAGCCAGAGUCAGGACGCGAAGCUGUCUCUCGAGUUGCAGGUCUGGGAGGAGAGCUACAGAGGAGCGCAGGCGACAGAUGGAAGAGGACAGGAGAGGGAGAAGGCGGUAUCAUCGGUAUCGAGAGCGUUGUCGUUCGUGAUGCUCGUGGUCACGCAGUCGAGACUCGAUCUGAGAUUCUGAUGGACUUCAACUGCGGCGGUAUGUUUCGGGCCUGGAUCGACAAAGAGGGAAACCCUCGAGUGAGUAUCUUUAGCGAUGAGCUGUAG